AUGUCCGAGUCCGCCAUUGUCAGUGAUGCCAGCCCCUCCUCUUCCACCCCAACUGUGGGCUAUCUACGCUACAUCGAUGCAUCGGAAGCAGCCGCCAUCGACGAAGAACUCAUGUCGCCCGAAGGGUGUGGCUUCCUCCUUCCCCAACUCAUGGAGCUAGCCGGCCUCGCCUGCGCUCAAGCAGUGUUCAAGUGCUACCCUCCUCACAAGUACCCCAACCUCCUCGUCGCUGCUGGUCCGGGUAAUCAGGGUGGGGAUGGACUGGUGGCCGCUCGACACGCAAAGAUCUGGGGUUAUAAUGUACAGGUGUGGUAUCCAAAGCAGGGAAAGGCAGAUAUCUUUGUCAGUCUAAAGAAGCAGCUCCAGGCCAUGGAAGUUGAUUUUUUGGACGAAGACGGCUUUGACGAUGGACUGAUGUCAGCAGACGUAGUAUUGGACUCGAUCUUUGGCUUCUCCUUCAAAGGUCCUCCUCGACCUCCUUUCGCCGCCGCCCUCGAGUCUAUGAGAGAUGAAUCUCGUCUCGAAUUCAUCGGCCGGAUCACCCGCCCUCCGAUCGUAUCGGUAGAUAUCCCCUCAGGCUGGUCUGUCGACGAAGCACCCGAUGGACAAAGCGACGAAGACGUCUUCACUCCAGACGUCGUCAUCUCCCUCACUGCCCCCAAGACUGGUCUGAAGAGGUUCAACGGAGUCUCCUUGCUGGGCGGAAGGUUCUUGCCGGAGAGCAUUGUUCAGAAGUAUGGACUUGAGACACUCGUGGAUGGGUAUGUGGGGGAUGACCAAGUGAUGGACAUCACAGGAUGGACGCCAGCGCCGGAGGACAAAGAGGGAGUAGGAGAGACUCAGGAGCCUCAGCCCUAG